AUGGCGCUUAUGAAGGUCUCCUGGUCACGGAGACAGCCUAAACUUAAGUCUUCUCUUUUACUUCCAGCAUCUGGUCCCUGUGAGCUGGAGACCUUCGGAUACUAUAAUGGUUCACUGGCUGUGACAGUUGCUGGGUCAGCGUGCUUAAAUUGGUCAGAUUUCCCUGAUUACAUUCAGCAGUAUCCAAACCGGGGGUUAGGGAACCACAACUAUUGCAGAAAUCCAGAUGGUGGGGUAACCCCUUGGUGCUUUUAUCAACUUUCCUCUGGAGCAAUUGGCUGGGCCAACUGUGAUUGUAGCCAGGGUGCUGUGAGACUGAUGGAGGGUGGCAGGGUGGAAUUUUACUUCAACGGGCUGUGGGGCAGGAUCUGUGGGGAUCACUGGACAGACUUGGAUGCCAGCGUGGUCUGCAGACAGCUGAGACUCAGUGAAAUUGGCACAGCCCAAAGGGAGAGCUAUUCUGUUCUGGGGCCAAUACCCUUUCAUCUCCAGUCUGCAAACUGUCGUGGGGAUGAGAAGAUGCUGUUGCAGUGCAGUUACCAACAGACGUUCAGAACCUGCGUCAAGGGAACUGCUGUGGCAAACUGUGUCCCACCUCAAGGUUUAGGGUCUCCGCUUCGUCUGGUGGGGGGUGAAACGAGCUUUCAGGGUCGACUGGAAGUCUAUCACAAUGGCCACUGGGGUACUAUCUGCGAUGACCAAUGGGAUGAUAAGGAUGCUGAAGUGGUUUGCAGACAGCUGGGCUUCAGUGGAACUGCAAAGGCUGUGUCUUGGGCUCACUUUGGGCAGGGCUCAGGCCCAAUCCUCCUGGAUGAAGUGGAGUGCUCAGGCAAUGAGUUUUUACUGGACCAGUGCAAGAAGAAUACCUGGGGAGAGCACAACUGUGACCACAUUGAAGAUGCAGGGGUAACCUGUGACCCCUAUACAGAAGGUACUCUCCGAUUGGCAGGAGGCCACAACCCAAAUGAAGGAAGAUUGGAGGUAUACCAUAAUGGAGGCUGGGGGUGCAUAUGUGAUGAUGGCUGGACAGGAAUCAAUGCCCAGGUGGCUUGCAGACAGUUGGGCUUCAGUGGCCCUGCCAGGCUGGCAUCAAAGGGAGAAUUUGCAUCUGGUCAAGGCUUCAUCUUACUGGAUGAUGUGAUUUGCACUGGGACUGAGUUGUCUCUGUUCAACUGCCCCCACAGUAACUGGGGUCAACACGACUGCUCUCAUGAAGAAGAUGUGGGAGUCCACUGCUCCCCAGAUAGCAACAGGAUCUCUGAAGAGGCUACAGGGCUCCCUGUGCGGCUGGUGGAUGGGGAGAGCGCCAAAGAAGGGCGUGUAGAGGUCUUCCUGAAUGGGCACUGGGGCAGCGUCUGCGAAGAUGGCUGGACAGACAGAGAUGCAGCUGUGGUUUGCAGGCAGCUGGGUUACAGUGGUCCUGCAAAGGCCAAGAGUGUGCCUCCUUUGGGCGAAGACCAUGUUCCCCUCCAUCUAGGCGAUGUGGAGUGCAGUGGUGCUGAACACACUUUGGGGGAGUGCAUUGUCCAGGAAAGUCACCUUCACAACUGCAGGCACAGCAGAGGUGCUGGAGUGAUCUGUGACUACAUGGGAAAAGAGAUCCAGGCAAUCAGAAAUGCAGGUUCAGUAUUUACCAUGUGUGGACUGCGCUUGCUUCACCACCGCAAGAAAAGGAUAAUUGGUGGGAACAAAUCUCUCAGAGGAGGGUGGCCAUGGCAGGUUUCGCUACGCCUAAAAGGGUUUCAUAAAGACACCCGGCUGUUGUGUGGAGCGACGCUUAUUAGCAACUGCUGGGUAGUGACAGCAGCACAUUGCUUCAAAAGGUUUGGAGUGGAUGUGCGGCGCUACCUUCUGCGGGUGGGAGACCACCACACUGGCGUGAAGGACGAGUUUGAGAGGGAGCUGCCUGUGGAGAAGAUUGUCCUUCACAGGAACUACCAGUCCAGCAGCAAUGACAACGACAUUGCUCUCGUCAGAAUUUGGGGCAAACAUGACAACUGCCUCUCCUUCAGCCGCCAUGUCCUUCCUGUGUGCCUGCCUGGCAGGAAAGAGAAGGCUGCCAUAGACAGGCAGGCCUGCAUCAUAUCUGGCUGGGGAGACACUGGGAGGUCAUAUUCAAGGACAUUACUCCAGGGUUCAGUACCCCUGCUCCCAUAUCAAGUGUGCAAGUCCCGUUAUGGAAAGAAGUUUACUAAUCGUAUGCUCUGUGCUGGAAAUCUUUCUGAAGAUAACCGGGUCGAUAGCUGUCAGGGAGACAGUGGGGGACCGCUUAUGUGUCAAAGGGCAAGUGGACACUGGGUAAUUCUAGGGAUCACUUCCUGGGGUUAUGGGUGUGGCCGAAAAGACUCCCCGGGUGUUUACACAAAAGUUAGCAAAUUUGUGCCCUGGAUCAAGAAGGUGACCAAACUGUUAUGAGAACAGUCAACGCAAAGAUAGAACACAAUGACAGCAAUACACGGGAGGGAGGAGCGCAUUUAUUUUGCAUGGAGGGAAGAAAACCAGACUUUCCCCACUCCAAAAAGAAACGAAACAUGGAGGGGAAGAGGCGAAAUGAAUGCAGGACAUGGAUGACAUCAUGUGCAAAACCACAUACCAGGCAUGGCGAGUGUGCAAUAAAUCACUGGUGUGAUGGACCUCCAAGAACAAA